CGAUGAUUAAAAUAUUAACGUCUGUUUCGAACCCGAAGACAUUGGUCGUUCUCCGCACACUUCAGCUUUAUGGUCUUUCUUCCGCCACCGCACCUCGCAUCUGCCUCACGACCUGCCUAUGCUGAGGCCUACGCAAACAUACUGGUAGCACACCGCCGCUCCCCGCUCACAUCUGCUUCGUCUGUCAUAAUCCUCGUCGCUCCUGAUGUUGAUGCCUUGUGUGCAGCGAAAAUACUUGCGGAACUUCUCAAGCAGGAUGAUGUUAUGCACAGAAUAAUCCCUGUUUCGGGUCUAGCUGACCUUGAACGAAUGAAAGACGAGUUGGUCACAUAUGCGGAGCUACACACACUCAUUCUAUUAAACAUGGGUGCUAUCCUUGAUCUCUCAUCCGAGAAUUGGUUCGGCGAAUUCAGCAUGAAGCUCACCGUGCACAUCAUAGACUCAAACCGGCCACAGAACCUUGCAAACAUGUUUUCUGGAGGUGAGAAUGGCGAGAGAUUUAUCGUAUGGGAUGACGGUGAAGCAGAGAAUAUGGGAGAGGAAAGAAAGGCUUGGGAAGCUCUAACGUACGAACCCGAACCCGACUCCGAUGAAGACUCGGAGUUGGACGAUCAAGAUGAGGUGCGAUCAAAUGAAGAUGGUGAUCCUGACGAUGAUGAAGAGUUCUCUGAGCAAGGCCCUUCUGGCAAGAGGAGAUCAUUGGGAGACGGCGAUCGAAGUCAAGAGAAGCGGCGGAAACUAGACGACCAAUCCACUCGGCUGUCACGAGAACAACGCGACACAUAUCACGAACUUAUUGCCAAAUACUAUGGGAGUGGGUCGUGGUAUGGUCAAAGUGCGUCUGCAACAAUGUACAUUCUUGCCACUGUUCUUGAACGAGUGGACUGUGAUUUUCUCUGGCUUGCGAUCCUUGGACUUACGUUCCAGUAUACUACUGCUCGAAUAUCCCGCGACACCUAUGACAAAUACCAUUCAAUAUACUACGACGAGGUUUUCCGCCUGAACCCGCUCCCGCCAGACGUUGCCGCUAAUACGACAGAUGCCAUCACAGCCAUGAGCCCAGACGAUCUAUCUGUACGGGCAGCUGAAGAGUUGCGUUUUAUGCUUUUCCGACAUUGGACACUGUAUGAUGCAAUGUACCAUUCAAGCUAUGUCGCGGGCAAACUUGGCAUAUGGAAAGAGCGUGGACGGAAGCGCCUCACCGGGCUACUCGCAAAGAUGGGUUUCUCUAUCCCGCAGACGCAACAGCCCUAUGCGCACAUGGAUCUUGACUUGAAGCACCAGCUGCGCGCGAAACUCGACUCAAUUGCACCGGAAUACGGCCUUGUUGAGUUAACUUAUCCGUCUUUUGCAAGAUGCUUUGGAUACCGCGCUUCACCUCUCAGUGCAGCGGAUGCUGUGGAAGCAGUAGGCGCAUUGCUCGACGUUGCAGGUGGCAUCAGGAUGGAGGUCGAGGUUGAAGGCGCACGGCACGGGGGUGAGUGGUUCGGUGGCGGGAGAUUAUGGGAAGGAGGGCGGAACGGGGAGGAGAAGCGGGAGAAACGGAUAGAAGUUGGUAGCAGACAAAAGGAUGGGGAUGACCAUGCAGACACAGAUGUUAACGGCGAAGAGCGGAAAGAAAGGACAUGGUGGGUGAAGAAUUUUUGGGCUGCUUAUGAUGCUCUGUCAGACAUUGUACCCCUGAGAGAUGCUUUGUCGCUGGCAAUGUCGCUUCAUCGUGCUAUUAUUCGGCAAGGGACGUCGAUAAUAGACAAGCAGGACAUUCGAACGAUGCGCUCCCAUCGUGUCGUGGUGCUCUCAAAAGGGCCUGAUCUUGCUCUCUUCGCCCAUCCUGGGGUUCUUGCACGCCUAGGACUUUGGCUGGUAGAUGCACUUCGUGACCGUCUUCCAGGGACAAAAAUCGGCGGCCUCAAAGGGAGAGGAAAGAAGUCGCUCCCAUUUGUCGUCGCUUGUCUGAACGAAAGGACGCAGACGUAUGUUGUAGUCGGUAUCAUGGGGGCGCUUGACUUUGGGGACGUCAGGAGAAACGAGUUUGGUCUAGCAUUCAUUGAAGCAAAGCAACGCUGCAAUGCACGGUCACGCCACAGUACAUUUGAUGCAAGCGUGCUCGAAAUCGAGCAGGAUGACCUGAAAUUGUUCUUGGAGACUUUAUGUGAAGUCGGGGAAGGUUAUUGACAUUCUCAGGUAGUUUUUUGCAUGUUGUUUUUCUUUCCAAGCUGUCUUAUAUCAUAU